CCUCUCUUCCUUCCUCUCCCUCUCUCUGUCUCUCUCUCUGUGAAACGAAGCAGAAGAAAGAAAUAAAAGAGGAGGAAAUAAGAUUAAAUUAAAAAGGGGUUGAGAUGGAUCCAGACACAGUAGCGAAGGCAUUUGUUGAGCACUACUACAAUAUGUUCGAUUCGAAUAGAUCUGGGUUGGCGAAUCUGUAUCAAGACGCUUCCAUGCUGACUUUUGAAGGUCAAAAGACUCAGGGAUCCCAGAAUAUUGUAGCUAAACUAACUGCUCUUCCUUUUCAUCAGUGCAAGCAUCACAUCACUACCGUUGAUUGCCAGCCUUCUGGUCCUGCUGGUGGUAUGCUUGUUUUUGUCUCCGGUAAUCUCCAGCUCGCCGGCGAACAGCACGCUCUCAAGUUCAGCCAGAUGUUCCAUUUGAUGCCAACGCCACAGGGAAGCUAUUAUGUGUACAAUGACAUAUUCAGGUUGAACUAUGCUUGAAGACAAGAACGGCCAAGUGAAAUCUUAUAUGGUUAUAAUGUCCAGGGAUUGGACCUCUUUCGUUAUAUCCAUUCAGUUCAAAACAUUUUAAAUGAAGACGGGGAUUUUUUGUUUGGGUUAUGUUUAAUGUUUCAUUCCAACACGCCUUCUUGGUGUUCCUGAAGUUCAUAGAUUGCUAUGUUGUGGUUGGUUGAAUUGGUAAAGAUUUGUUGGUUUAGUGUUUAAAGAUUUUGGUGUUGGAGAUUUCAAAACAUUUUGCUCGAGUCGAAUUCCAUGUCAUGCGUUCAAUGUUUCA